AUGGCAUCACCGAACAAUGAAAAUGUGCCUGUUAAGAACUCUCUAAAGAGAAACCAAUUGGAAUCACCGUUUUCGUCGGCUUCCCCGAGCUCCAGAAUCGGCAAAGAAACUAAACGGCAAUCUUUAUUUGGUAGAUCGGCGCCGUUGAAUUUGAAAAAUGCUGAUGAGAAUUUGGAUCGGACUGCUUUUGAGAACUCGACUUUUUUGGAAACUAAAAAUUGUGCUGAUGCAAAUCUGGAUUCAACUGCAUUUGAAACAACGACUGUUGCGGAUGAAUAUUUGCCGGAAAAUUCACAAAAUGGAGCUGAUACUAACCUUGAUGCUACUGCACUAGAAAUGACGACCGUUGCUGAUGAAACAUUGUCUGAGAAAGAAAAGGCAAUUGGAUCCAAUUCAAGCACGUUGCUGGCCGAGUCUGAGCUCACGCAGCUCGCUGCCAAUAGAACAAGAAGCGCAGUUGAGAAAGAAGAAUAUUUAGGUGCUAUUGAAUAUCGAAGUCCGAAUCCGCCACAAGAACCGAGAGGCAUUAGUCCGAUUCUUAAAGAAGAUGACUCGAGCUUGUUGCUUGGCGAGUCGGAGCUCACCCAGCUCGCUGCGAGUCGCACGUUUCAGAUUAAAGAAAAUUCUAACAUUACUGACUCGAGCAUUAUGCUCGGCGAAUCCGAGCUCACUCAGCUCGCCGCUAAUCGCUCUGGUGUUGUGGAAUCGGAUAUGAAUGAUGAACUAGAAACCACCCUCUUGGGCGAGUCUGAGCUAACCAAACUUGGUGCAGAUCGCCCAAAUCAAACAAUGGAUUCACAUAUGAGCGAAAACACGAUUUUGAGGGAAUCUGAGCUCUCUGGAAUGGCAAAUUUGACCAUUGAGAACGAUGGCCGUCGAACACCGUCAUUUAGCGAUGGCGGACACGAUUUGAGUAGCGUUAAAGAACUGGAGGAGGAUGAGCCUGAUGUGACGCUCUCUGACAGCCCGCCUAGGCCAGUUACCAGCACCACUUCUUGUCCAACAGCUCCUAGUGCUUUGGCUAGCGAGAUUCGCAAAGUUCCGGCCCCACCUUCGCCGAUUUGUGUCACGUCGCCGGCGACGUUCAGCUCGAAGAAGGUUGUCGACGAGUCGCUGUGCGAGUUCAUGCUCUUAGAGCAGAAGUUUGAGCAUCAAGAGGUUUUGGAGAAUUUGAAAGCGCAGGUUAUUGCGCUUCAACAGCAUCUGACGCAAAGAGACGAAAAAAUCCGCACAAUGGAGGAAUCUCGUAUUUUCGAGGACGAAAUUUGGUCGAAGCAGCUGGAAACUCUUCAGAAAAAAUUGAGAGCUGCAGAAAAACGCGAACGCGAAACACAGGCAAUGGUCGAGGAACUUCAAUCGAAAGUUAGCCGAAUUGUAGAGGAGGAAGCUUCGACGAAGAUUGAGGAACUCACCGCUCAAAAAGAGCAGCUUGAGCAACAGAUUGCCUCUUUCACAUUGCAUUCUGAAGAACUGCAACAGCUUCGGGCUCAGAUUGAAAGAUUAGAAGAAAAUGUCGAAAAAUUGACACACGAAAAUAAUGAGCUUAAUGGAAUUGUUGUUGAAACCAAAGAAAAGGCUAAAUCGGAAGCUGAAGUCCUUCAAAACCAAAUAAGCGUUCUUCAGGAAGAUCUUUCUAAGUCGAAUGAGCUCAAUCAGAAGGAUUUGGCUUUUGCUGAAUCGAUGGAAUCAAUGAAGACGGAUCUUGAGGCGGCAUUGAGCAAGAUUGCCGAGCUGAGCAAGCAGAAAGCGGAGCUGGAGACCGAGAAUUCGACACUUGAAGCACUCGUUCAAGAGGUUAAUCAGGAGAUCUCAGCGAUUAACAAACAAGUUGAAACGGAUCGUGAGGAGAUGCAGAGGGAGCUUGACCAGGCGCAUGCCAAGAAUUUGGAGCUGCAAAAAAAUAUUGAUGUGCUUGAAGCGAAAACGUCAAAUUCAGAAGAACUCGAACAGCUAAAACAGACAUUGGAUGAGGAGCUUGAAGAAAAAUCAAAAACCAAUCAGCAGCUAGACCAGUUGAAGUCGGAGCUUGAAGCAUUACAACUGGAAAAGGCGAAUAUGACGCAUGCGGCGGAAAAUGUUAAUUUGGAAUUGAGCGCGCUGAAAGCACGAUCUUCAGAGCUCGAACAGAAGAUUGUCGACGUUUCCGCCGAGGCGGAAUCUAAAAACGCUGAAGUUCAGACUCUCAGAACGAAAAAUUUGGAGCUGGAACAGAAAGUCGUCGAAAUUCAGGGCGCGUUCGAGCAGAAAUCGCAACAGUCAGAGCGUGAAAACUCGCAGCUUGAGGAAUUGAAAAACAAGAAUGAUGAGCUGGAACAGCAGGUGGUGCAGCUCAAAACUGAGCUUGAACAGAAAUUGAGCCAAGCCGAAACUGAUCGUGCUUCUCUCGAAUCUCUAAAAAUCCAAAAUCAAGAGCUAGAGCAGCAGCUUGACCAGCUUCAGACUGAGCUUGAUCGAAAAUUGACACAGUCUGAAACUGACAACGAGCUUUUGGAAUCCAUGAAGAGUAAGAAUGUGAUUUUAGAACAGCAGAUAGUUCAGCUCAAGGCAGAUCUUGAGCAGAAAAGUGAAACUGAAAGCUCACAACUGGAAGCUAUGAAGAAAACAAAUGAAGAGUUGGAGCAACAAGUGGCGCAGCUCAGAGAUGAGAUUGAGAUUCAUGCUCAUCAGAAUGAGGAGCUGGCGAAGCAUACGGUACAGCUUAAUGAGAAAAACGAGGAACUCGAACAGUUAAAAUCGAAAAAUUUGGAGCUCAGUCAAAUUGUUUCCGAAGCUCAGACUUCCAAUUCGGCCUUGAAGGGGCAAAUCGAGGACCUGCAGCAGAAGACUCGUGCUGAGACAGAAGAAUUGGAGCAGCUUAAGGCAAAGCAUGAAGAGUUGAAGCAACUUUUUACGGAAGGUCAGGCAAAAAUUGAGGAACUCAAUUAUGCGUUAAGUCAUGGAAGCGAGCUCGAGCAGCGCGUCGAAACCCUCAUGACUGAGAAAGUGGAGCUUGAGACAUUGAUUACACAGAAAUCGCAGGAGGUGGAACAAACAAGGAUUGAGAUAACGACGUUGUUGGAAAAAAUUGAGAAUUCAGAGAAGUCACAAGAAGCUCAACUUUUGGAAAUUUCCGAGCAGUUGAGCACUGUUUCUAAAGAGCGAGUUGAGCUUAUUGAAAAAAUUGGACAGAUGGGAGAGCUGCAUCGAGUUGAACUCGCCAAGAUUGAUGAGAAAAACACGGAAAUUUUGAAAAUGAAGGAUUCCGAACUCGAAAAGCUCCGAACUGAAAUUUGUGAAUUUGAGGCUCAAGCAACGAGCUCUAGCACUGAACUCCGGCAAGAGUUGGAUGAUCUCAAAUCGAGACUGUCUGAAGUUGAGCAGCAAAAGCGAGAGAUUGAAUCGAAGACGGAGAUCGAACGAGUCACCGUUGAGCAUCAGAAGGAGAUUCUCGAGAAGAAGAUUGAAUCGAUGGAAACUCAUAUUAAGUUGCUGGAGGAGAAAACAGCAAAUGCUCAUUCGAUCAAUUCAGUAGUUGAAGGUCUCAGUGCUCAAGUUGCGAAUCUUGCUGCCGCUCUCAACGAAGCUAAAGCUCAUGAGCAAGAAGCUCAGAAUGAUGUGACGAUCAUGAAGGAGGAGGUGAAUGAGAAAGACGCACUUGUGGAGAGUUUGAGAACUGAGAUUGAACAACUCAAAGCUCAAAUUGAAAAGCUUCAAAAGGAGCUGGACGAGAAGGCGUUGGAGAAAGAGAAGCCUUUGGUGGAUGAUUUGGCUAAAAUUCGAGAACUUGAGUCGGAAAUUCGAGAUUUGCGCGAAUCGUUGACAGUUCGUGACCGCGAAGUUGAGAAACUUGGGAAAUUGUGCGACGAUUUUGACGACGAGGAGAAAGUUUAUAAGGAGAAAAUUCGAAAUUUGGAGAAGGAGAUCGCCCAACUCAAAGGCAUCAAAAGUCCAACGAGAAAUGCAGCUCCCGGAUUGUUGCAGAUGGCAAAGAAUGGAAUACCACCGGUCAGUCGUGAAUCAAGCCAUGUUGAAGAGGAGAAUUUCUCCGAUGCUCACGACUCACUGCCAUUUGAUACUCAACGAGCCGAAGCUGCUGGAAUGAGCGCUAGCUCAAGCUCAGCCAGCAAAAAGACUGCGGCCACUCCAGCUCGCGCAAACAAUAAGACAUUGAUGAUCGAAGAUUCUGAUCAGGGACCGGCGACACCUUCGAAAGUGAAUCGAUCGACUUGUCAACAUCAAUAA